AUGGACAAAGAAAUAUUCACAGUCAAAUCUGCGGAAUCGCAGCACAGACCUAAGUCCUAUCUUUCUAACUCUUCACAUUAUGGAAUUUCAAUAUCAAACUCGAGGAUUGUCCCUUAUAACGAAAAGAGAAAUCAAUUAUCUCUGGAUUCAGAUGCUGCCUUCAACUCAGAGACUUUGGAAAGAGGUCUUAAGUCUAGACAUGUGCAACUUAUUGCCCUUGGUGGGUGUAUUGGUACAGGUUUGUUUGUAAGUACAGGUUCUGCAUUACUGAUCUGUGGUCCAGCACCAUUAUUGAUCUCUUACACGAUUAUGUCAGUCGUUUUAUUUUUCGUGAUGAACAUGAUGGGUGAGAUGACUACUUUCUUACCUUUGCCUGGUAAUGGGCCGCAAGAUUUCGUCACUAACUAUGUCGACUCUUCUCUUGGAUUUGCAACUGGUUGGAAUUAUUGGUAUGCCUUCGCUAUGCUUGUUGCGUCUGAAAUUACGGCUGCCUCCAUUGUUGUUCAAUACUGGACCACUAAGGUUAAUGUUGCAGUGUGGAUCACAAUUUUCUUGAUAGUUAUAAUUUCGUUAAAUAUGAGUUCCGUUAAAUACUUUGGUGAAGCUGAAUUUUGGUUCGCAAGCAUUAAAUUGGCUGCCAUCACUGGUUUAAUUAUACUUGGAGUAGUCAUCUUUUUUGGUGGUGGGCCAACGCACGAUAGAUUAGGCUUCAGAUACUGGAAAAAUCCUGGUGCCUUCAAAGAACAUUUAACUGGUGGUAACACUGGUAAAUUUCUAGCCGCUUGGACUUCCAUCGUUAAGUCCAGUUUCGCCUUCGUCUUUGCUCCAGAACUUGUUUCAAUUUGUGGAGCUGAAUCUGUCGCACCAAGAAGAAACAUUCCUAAGGCAGCAAAUAGAUUUGUCUUUAGAUUGGCUACUUUCUACGUUUUGGGUACUUUAGUUAUUGGUGUCAUUGUUUCCUCCAAUAACGACAGAUUACUAAAUGGUGGAUCUGAUGCUGCUGCUUCCCCAUUUGUCAUCGGUAUUCAAAACGCAGGAAUCAAGGUAUUGAACCACAUUAUUAACGCUGUUAUUUUGACUUCUGCAGCAUCUUCUGGUAAUUCAUUCUUGUACUCAUCUUCAAGAACUUUGUUUGGCUUAGCUACUAAUGGAUUGGCUCCUAAAUUUCUAACCAAAGUCAACAGAAUGGGAGUUCCUUAUUAUGCCGUUGGUGUCUCCUCUCUUCUUAGUCUCUUGUGCUACUUGAACGUUUCCUCCGGUGGUGCUAACGUUUUCAAUUGGUUCACAAACAUAUGUACCAUUUCCGGUUUCAUUUCUUGGAUCACUGUAACUAUAGCAUAUCUUAGAUGGAGAAGAGCCAUUGAAUUCCAUGGAUUAUCCGAAAGAGUUACUUAUAGGACUAUUUUAGAGCCAUAUGGAGCCUAUUUUGUUCUUUUUUUCAUAAGUAUCCUCACUAUUACGAAUGGCUACGCAGUUUUCUUCAACUUCAAUGCUGGUGAUUUCGUUGCUGCAUACAUUACUCUACCAAUUUUCCUCGUCUUAUACGUUGGUCACAAGCUUUAUAACUACUUUGCUUUAGGGAAGACUGAGUUUGUCAUUCCAAUUGAACAGAUCGACUUGGUAACUGGCUUGGAUUUAGUUGAAGAAGAAGAAAGAAUGGAACCGGAGAGAUUACCAUCUAACUUCUUGGAAAAAAUUUGGUAUUGGAUUGCUUAA